CCCCACAUUUUUUUUAAAAAACUUUAUAAAGGUAGUCCCUCUUUGUGCCAGGCUGUAACUUAUUCGUAUAAAAAAGGCACCACAGAUUCGUUUUCGGUUUUUAUUUGUUCUUUUUUAUAGAGGUCUUUUCUCAUUUAUAGGAUUUGUGUUAAUCCAUGUCUGAUUAUCCUUUGCAGUAUCAAACACAAUCUUAUAUAAACAACAAUGCCAUGACUGCUGGGAAUCAAGCCGAGCAAGGUCAAAGGAACUUGAAUGAAAAUGACAACAGCCAAUUUACACUCGAUUUUGUAAGAAAUCAGCAGUUACUGUUAGCGAGCAGUAAUCAGUCAAAUACAUCAAUGCAUUCAAAUUCAAUUUAUAAACACAGUGAUAACCAGUUUUUGCAGCAUACCCAGUCUCAGAAUGUUAACAAACAAAAACCAAGCACGAUCGACAGAAACAUGCAAGUCAAUCUUACAUCAAAAAAUCAUGCGUAUUCAUCAACACCUUCAGAUUAUCAAUCUUUACUGAAUUUCUUAUUAUCUAACGAUUAUUCACCUGAUGUCUUACGAAACAUUCAUGACAAUCAACGCCAGUAUUGUGAUAUACCGUUAGCGUCUGAUAUAGGUGCCGUAAAUGAAAUGGAUAACAUCAUGGCUUCCAACCAAAAGAGUACUUACAUAAGACCACUACCUUCAUCGUGUUCAGCUGGCGUUAAUACAGAUGAGGAAAAUAACUGUGAAGCAGCAAAGUUCCCUGUAGAGCAAAGCCCAUUAGAUCCAUUGUUCCUUUUUGAUUUGCACAGCUCUCGACCACAUAUACCGGUUACAACUGAUAAAGAGCAGCCAAUGACUCAAACGAAUGAGCAGCAGUAUCGAUAUGACUCAUCUUUGAAUGGCCAGCCGAUAGCAAAUGUACCGCAAAGAUCGCAUAUCUCGCAACAAUCAAAGCAGCCACAACAACUCAAUCUUAACACACAAUCAUUACCAACACAACAGUCUCUUAUCAACAAUAUGAGUGCAAUAAAUAAUGGCAAUUACAACAAAUUCAUGGAUAUAGAAGCUCAAAACAUAACACGCAUCAGUUCUUCUGUUACCUCUCGUAUCACUCAAGGACUGAUGAACGCUGUCAGAAUCAAAUCUGCAAUUCAAGCUUAUCUAAAUGCUAACGAUCCAUUAGAUGCUGGUGAGAGAACUGUUAUUAUCAUGACAAGCAAGGUCGCCCAGAAAAGCUAUGGCACCGAGAAAAGAUUCCUAUGCCCUCCUCCGACAAUUAUGCUUGUAGGCUCCAGUUGGUGGACUACGUUCUCAGAAAGUCAACAUUCACAGCAGAAAUCAACUAGUAUCAUACAUGACGAAAGCGGUAGAGCUCGCUCCCCUCCUUCUUUGGCUAUUCGUAUAUCCGGUGAAUCAGCAAAUCAACAAAGCGGGAAAAUUGAGUGGUACAGCUCGUCAGGUGAAAUGAUUUAUCGAACCGGUACUGAAAAUAGUGAGAAUGGAUUAUCCAUGUUGCAAAAUGGUGUCAGUAAUGUGUCGAUUGAUGUAGUAGGUGACCUCAAUUCAGGAAAACACCGAACAAUGCUUGGUGAAACAAGUACAGUCACUAGCGAUGAUUCUCAAUGUGGGAAUGAACCGCUUGCAGGAGGUCGCUGUGUUUUACGACAGCUUUAUAUAAAUGAUGCUGACGAAAAAAGAAAAAAAGUUCAAUGUCUAGUAGAAGUCCAACUUGCCAACGGACUAAAACUUGGCACCCUGUCCAGUCGAGGCAUCAAAGUUAUUAGUAAGCCCACAAAAAAAAGGCAAAGUGUGAAGAAUAUGGAAUUGUGUAUUUAUCACGGAACAACCGUAUCCUUAUUCAACAGGGUACGCUCUCAAACAGGGUCGACCAAAUACUUAGGCGUUGCAUCUACUUCUGAGCACCCUUCAGUUUUCAACUAUCCAGGACGACUACAUUGUCAGUCAUCAAAAGAUCCAAAGAACGAAAGUCGUUUUGCAACGAAGACAAGCUCUUGGGAUCCAUUUAUCAUUUGGAUUGUUGAUCCUUAUAUCAAUACGAACCAGGCUAGUGAACCACAGAAUUAUGAUCGUGCUGACGAAUUCAUAGGCUAUCCUAGUUUAGUGCCAACUAUACCUUAUCCCAAACCUCCCAAAAUAGCUUUGAAGAAUAAGACAAAUCAGCCUCUAGCAAUUCGCUAUAAUCAGCAAAUUGUUUUGCAAUGCUUAACUACUGGUCUUGUAAGCCCUGUUAUGAUUAUACGAAGAGUAGAUAAGGUAUCUACGGUUGUCGGUGGGGCUCACUGUCCAUGCGAAUUUGAUCCUUCUUUUUCAGGUGGUGGUGAGUUUGGUGAUGAAGUACUCGGGGACCCUGUAUCUCAGCUACAUAAGAUAGCUUUACAAAUAGUUCAGCAUGACUGCAAUGACCCCACACGUAACAGAUCAAAAGGGUUGUCAAAUGAUCAACCGACGAAUACAUGUCAGCCAUCCAAUCUUGACAGCAACAGUUUGGCAGAACGGCGAACGAGACAAACUCAAGCAGAAAUGCUAAUGCCACAAAAAUCAAUGGGUCCUGCCAACUAUUUAGCUUGCUUAAAAGAUCUUGUAGGAACGCAUAACUCAACAAAUAAUCGUACACCUAUAAAAGGUUCUUUUUCGAAUAUCGACUUAUUUACGGCAGCAGUAGAAUCCGAAUGUUUCAAUUACACAGCGCGCGCCUUAUCAGCGAUUUUGAAUUCAAAUACGCCAUUCAAUACAGAAGUACUAAACCGUAAACGCUGUCUAUCGAUGGUGGAAGAACUCAAUGAUAGUGAAUUGCACACAAUGGAAGAUACAGAAUUGUAUGGUAAGCAAAGUCAUAAUAGUGCCAAUAAGAACGCAAGAAGACGUGUUGAUAGUUGGGAUGCCAAUUCUCCAACAUGUACUUCGAUAAUACAACAAAAUAUAAAUGUGCAAUUACCCGAUUACGCAUCAGACCAGCGCCCUACAGUUUAUCACGAUAAAUCAGCAACUGCAAAUAGAAAGCAUAGCAUAGCUGCAAAUAACGGACAAGCGUUGGCUGAAUAUGGGGCAUUCUGGUCAGAGGAUAUCUCAGAUAAUGCUGUGUGGACUAUUGUUGGAACAGAGUGUGCAAGAUAUACUUUUUGGACACCGGCGUAUCUUAACGAAGAGAGACAGAUGGAGAAGCAAUUUACAGCUCCCCUAAGCACACCAUUCCCGUGUUUAACUCACUUUACUAUUUCAUCUGAUAUGGGUGCACUUCCUAGCAAGGAUUCCGGUAUAGAACAGAAUGACGAUAAAGCUUCAAGGGAUAUCAUGACAGCAUCAGGAGAGAAUUUCACUCGAGAUCUCCAGAUAUGGUUCGGCGAUAUCAAGGCCCCAAUUACAGAAUACCGUAGUCGUGAAAUGUUAGUGUGCUGGUUACCAACACGUGCUGAACUGCUGAAAUCUGUCGGCUUAAAUAGGAGGCAUGACCUGCUCGAAAAUGAUAGCGAUGUCGAGCAUAAAACUUCUAAUAUGCCCUACAGCAUUCGUAUUCUGUUAGUAAGAGGCGAUGGAGUUGUCUAUAAAACUGGACGAUUCUAUACAUUUUGUUAAAGAGUAGUAAUAAUAAUAAAAUAUACCCAACUUCAAUUCCUUUU